ACACAUUGUCUGUUGAUGCCACAGGAGCAGCUCUUACCUCCACUACGAUCUGGGGCGCUUUGAGGGGAUUGGAAACCUUCAGUCAGAUUGUCUAUCAGACUGCACAAGGAACAUUCCAAGUGAACAGUACCAUGAUUGAUGAUGCACCAAGGUUCUCCCAUAGAGGGAUCCUACUGGACACUUCCAGACAUUUCCUCUCAGUCAACGUCAUCAAGGAACAUAUUGAAGCAAUGGCCCAGAACAAAUUCAAUGUGUUCCACUGGCACAUAGUUGAUGACAAUUCAUUCCCGUAUGAGAGCCCCCGCUUCCCAGACUUGAGUGCCAAGGGUGCGUAUGAUCCAUUCACUCAUGUGUACAGCCAGGCUGAUAUUGCAGACAUCAUAGAGUUCUCAAGACUGAGGGGUAUUAGAGUCAUUCCAGAAUUCGACACUCCAGGCCACACCCAAUCCUGGGGUAAAGGGCAGCCAGGUCUUCUUACUCCAUGUUACAAAGACUCAAAGACUCCUUCAGGGUCAUAUGGCCCAAUUGACCCCACCAACAAUGCCACCUAUGAUUUCCUUAAAGAUCUUCUGACAGAGCUUUUCAAGGUGUUCCCAGACAAGUACAUACAUCUAGGAGGAGAUGAGGUCUCUUUCACAUGCUGGGCUAGCAAUCCCAAUAUAGCAACUUUUAUGACUAAGAUGGGAUUUGGGAAAGACUUCUCCAAACUGGAACAAUAUUAUGAACAAAACUUGCUAAACCUAAUCGCAGGUUUAAAAACGGGGAAUGAGUACAUCAUCUGGCAGGAAGUCAUUGACAAUGGCUGUACAGUGAAACCUGACACAGUGGUUCAAGUGUGGAAAGGUGGUUACCAGGCAGAUAUGAACAAAGUUACAAAACUUGGCUACCAUACAAUACUAUCCUCCCCAUGGUAUCUCAACUACAUAUCAUAUGGAGCAGAUUGGCCAAAGUACUAUGCCAUUGAACCUUUAGAUUUUAAUGGUACAGCUGCUCAAGAAGCACUUGUGAUUGGUGGAGAGGCUUGUAUGUGGGGAGAGUAUGUAGAUGAUACAAACCUCAUUGCAAGAAUGUGGCCUCGUGCAGGAGCAGUGGGAGAGAGACUUUGGAGCCCAAAGGAGGUAAAUGAUAAAAAUGCAGCUGCUCCAAGAAUAGAAGAACACAGAUGCAGAAUGCUCAGGAGAGGUCUUAAUGUUGAACCAAUCAACGGACCCGGCUACUGCAAGUAUGAGGCAAGACCCAACAAUUAAGAUAUCCAUGAUGUACAAACCAAGUGAAGUACAUCUCAAGAUAACAAGGACAAAUAUGU